CUCAUAAUUGCUCAUCAUUUCUUUCUCCCUCUCCUGCUCUCUUGACGUCUUCGUGUCCUUCUUCACGCUCGUAUACGGCGCUCCAUUGCUUUUCGAAUCAUAAAUCGGCGUAUCCUUCACCAUUUCUUCCAAACUGCGGACUGCGCACUCCGUCUCAAUGUCCGCGGCGAGCUCGCCCGCGAAGCCGUCUCCGGACCACAAGCCCAUCAAGAAGAGGAAGCGUCCCACCCUCUCUUGUCUGCCAUGCAAACACCGCAAGACCAAGUGCGACAAGGCGCAGCCAUGCUCGACCUGCGUGCUGCGCAAGGAGGCCGAGGCGUGCCAUUACGACGACGGCUCGACGCCGCCGCCGACACAGACUUUCGUCACGCAGGACGAGUUUCAGGCGCUCAAGGCGCGCGUGGAUGAGAUGGCGCGCAUGGGCUUCUGCCGCGGCCCGCACUCGAACGGGGUGUCGCCGCACAGCGAGCUCGCGCGGCCCCGCUUCUCCGAUGUGCGCGCGUACGAUAAGGUGUCGAACACGCGCGCCGAGGAGCUCGAAGUCGCCGUCUCAAAUCUCGAGGAUCUUGUUGAUCCCUACGAGAUCCACGGCACACCGCAGAUGGUCACCCCGGCGUCGGUGCCGCAGGACGCCGCGACUUACCGCCGUCCCGUGCGGGUUGGGCAGGUUCCACACUCACGGCGCACCAAGUGGCCGGACAUCACGGCGUGUGCCGUGCCCAUUGAACAGCGCAGUGCCCGCUGGGUGCGCGACAUGGACGAGAUCGUCAAGGCCAUCCCUGGCCAUCACGUGCUCAUGCUCAAUGUGGACCACUACUUCAAGGAACUAAAGCAGAGCCGGACGUUCAUCCAUGAGGGGGUCUUCCGCCGCGAGGUGGAGCAGUUUGAAGCGCUGCGUGCGUCAAACAUGUGGCGAGGUAUCGACCCGGCGUGGCUCGCCCUGCUGUGCUCUAUGAUAUGGACCGCAUCUCAUUCACUAGCCUUGGCCCGCACUUUGCUUCCGGGCAUACGUGUGGACGCCCCGGCGCUCAUCCAGCUCUCCUCAUCCAUGUUUGAGGCGCUCGAGACAAGUCUGGCAUGCGCGUCGUGGAUGUACCUCCCGCAGAUGAGGGUGCUAGCGGCGCUCAUCGUCGGAAUGCCGGCGGGCGGCAUCGGGUGCCACCCUGCGUUCAUCCCGGGAUAUUGCAAGCUGACGAGCGCAUGGAUGUGGAUGGACGUCGCGGCGGGCAUCGCAAAGGCAUUACAACUCGAUCGUCUGGGCCCAGACUCCAAGCCGGCCGUGCUCCCCGACGAUCCGAUGCUCCCGCCGGGUCAUAACGAUCUCGCGCGGCAAAUCGCCCUGCGCAUCUUCCAGGCGACGCUGUACGCCGACGCGUUCAGCAGCUGUGGCUUCUCCGACAUGCAGACGAUCCCGCCGACCGUGUUCCCGAUAGGCAGCUACGACAAUACGAUGCCGUCAAACUACUUUGAGAACGACCUGACGCUGCCCGAGCGGCUAACGCCGGCGCCGCUCAGCGUCAAAACCGAGAUCAUUUGGACCUUAUUCCAGGUCAGGAUGGCGGACCACUCGCGCAAGAUUACUGCGGCGUUGCGACACGCUUCCACGCUGGCUUACGAAACUGCGCUGGAGUACGACCGCGACAUCCAGAAAGACAUGCAGGAGCUCAUGGAACUGCGGCUAAACGGAAACCUGAACGAGGAGGAGAUGCUGGCGUGGUGCAUCACGCAGAGUUCGUACAAUCAGCGUGUGCUGCGAUUGCACCGCCCUUUCUUCAUCUUGAGCUUCAAGGACGAGCGCUACCACUACUCCCAGGCGACGGUUGUGAACGCCGCACGAACUAUGCUGUCCAAUUUCCGGGGUCAGGUUCGGAAAAACCCAUCGCGGAUCGCGCUGCGGCACAACAAAUUCCUGAUCGUGCACCAGCUGUCGGCGAUUCUUGUUGUCUUCAUCCAGUGCAAACUUGACCCGUCGUCGAAAGCACACCUGCAACCAGAGAUUGUGCAGGCGUAUGCGGCACUACAGGAGCUCGGCGCGGGCAAAGGCGACAUGUACGGUAUGGUGGGGGACAAGGUGCUACACUCGGUGGAGGCUAUGAUCGACUCGCUGCGCCUUUCCGAGGCCGUGGACUCGGACGACCUCGAUAGGGUGCUACAAGAAGUGGCGGACAAAGCGGCGCUCAACGACGCGGCGGUGAGCCCGCGCGCGAAAGUCGCACGGCAGGGCGCGGUCCCGAAUCCGCAGUUCCUUCCAGGCGUGUCGUGUGUCGACAACGUCCCGCUGCAGCUGGACCAGUGGACGGUUGCGCAGCUGAUGCCGGAACAGGCGCAGCUGGACACGGAGUAUGCCUUUGAGAGCUGGGAGGCGAUCAUGCUCGGCAUGGGUAUGGUGUAGCAUAGAGUGCUUAGUGGCAGGCGCGGCCCCACUUUUUGAGGCGGAUGUAGUUGUAUGGAAGCGGGGC